AUUCCCCCCACCCCCACCCCCGGCCUUGGGGAAGUAGGAGCCAAGUUGGAUACAACUUCCUAGAGUCCCCUUCCCAGGAAGGUCAGAGCACUCAAGCUCCAAGCCCUGCUCAGGCAAAAGGGUAAACUAAGGCAGAGGAGGGGAAAAGGCCGGGCCUAUUUCCCCAGCCCUGUGCCGCAGAGCAAAUUUAGGAGCCCUCUUGUGCCCAUUGCUGUGAGGCACCCAGUGUGUGCUGACACCCUACUUUGUGCAAGGUGGGCUAGGUCCUCCCUUACCCAGUCACCUGCACUGGAGGCUAGAGCAGGCAGGGUUGGGCUGCUCAAGCAGCUGGGAAGGCUCCAGAUUAGAAGGCUGCUGUUGAGGAGGGUAAGGCCAGCCGCCAGCAGUCCAGCCCCUUCCCCACAACCUCCAGCAAACCUGAAGAGCCCCCGGGGUAGUGGGCGGUGGGCCAUCCCCUAGCAACCCUCAUGCCCAGGCGGCCAUUCCCUGCCCAUGCUGGAGGGGCCCUCUCCAACUGCUGGGAUUUCAAGCCUUCAGCCUCUUCCAUUUCUCCACCCGCAUGAUCCCGCCACCCCCCACCCCGUGCUCCGUUUUGUUCAGUUGUGAAUGCCACGUCCUGUCCUGGCGACAGGAGAACAAUGUUGGUGAACGUCGCUGCGCGUGUCCGAGUGUUCCGUGUGCCCCUGGGAGCGGGUGGGGGCGGAAGCCCAGGCAGCCGGCGGGCCCUGGUGAUAGCACCCUAUCUGCAGAUGCAGCGCUGGUCCGCGUGGCCUCCGAGUUAUUUCUGGCCGGGUGGCAGCACUGCGGUCUGUGCGACGGCGGGCUUUCAGGGCCUGUAAGGAGCGGGCUGGCUCUGUGGUCAACGCCUCCCGCUCCAGAGCAAGCCAGGCCACCGACCUCUCGCCAUGGCCUCCCGGCCGCGCGGGGCGCUCAGCCUACUGCUGCUACUGCUGGCACCGCCAAGCCUUGCAGCUGUGGGCUGCCCCGAGCCUUGUAGCUGCGCGGGGACGCAGGUGGACUGCGGGCGCCGCGGGCUGACGUCGGCCUCGCUGCCCGCAGUCUUCCCGCCCGACACCACAGAACUGGUGCUGACCGGCAACAACUUGACGGCGCUGCCGCCUGGGCUGCUGGACACGCUGCCCGUGCUGCGCGCCGCGCACCUGGGCGCUAACCCCUGGCGCUGCGACUGCCGCCUGGUGCCGCUGCGCGCCUGGCUGGCCGGCCGCCCCGAACGCGCUCCCUACCGCGAUCUGCGCUGCGUCUCACCCCCUGCGCUGCGCGGCCGCUUGCUGCCCUACCUAGCCGAGGAGGAGCUGCGCGCCGCAUGCGCACCCGGCCGACUCUGCAGGGGGUCGCUGGCGACUCAGCUUUUGCUGCUCGGCCUCGGGCUGCUACACGCCCUGCUCCUGGCACUGCUGCUGUGCCGCCUGCAGAGGCUGCGCGCCCGCACCCGCACCGCGCACCAGUCACCGCUGACCGCCCCACUAGUGGACAAGCCCGCCGAGGCAGGUGUGUCCUAAGAGGAGGGGACUAGCGUCGAUCAUCGAUCAUCGUAGGUCUGCAAAGUCGAUGCAACCCUUCCCGGAGGAGCCCUCGCCCGCUCUUGGAUCCGCCUUGGCCUCUGCCCAGCCUCCCAGACUCUCUGAGACCCAAAGGCCCUAAUCCAUAGUGAGGAGUGAGACGACCUACACCCUCUACGCUUGGGGAGGUAGAGGUGCCCAGCUACAGCACAAUACUUAGGAGCCUCCCCUCCCCUCCCCAUUCCAUGCUGAAUAAACCCUUCUAAUCUA